AUGGGCGAGUCAAGGCAAGAGCUUAUCCAGUGGCUGAACAGCCUUCUCCAGCUCAACAUCACAAAGGUCGAGCAAUGCGGUACCGGUGCUGCCCUCUGCCAGGUCUUCGACAGCAUCUACAUGGAUGUGCCCAUGUCCAAGGUCAAGUUCAAUGUCAACUCUGAGUAUCUGUACAUUCAGAACUUCAAGGUCCUGCAGAAUACCUUCACCAAGCACCAGAUCGAUAAACCCAUCCCCGUAUCAGCUCUCGUCAAGUGCAAGAUGCAGGACAACCUCGAGUUCCUGCAGUGGACCAAGCGGUUCUGGGACCUCAACUUCCCCGACCACGACUACGACGCCGUUGCCCGACGAAAAGGCGGCGCUCUCCCUCCCGGUGGCAGUGCCUCGCGACCCGCUCCUGCCGCCACUACCGCCGCCCGCCGUGGAGGAAACACUCCCAGCGGUGGUACCCGUGUUGCCAAGGCUGCCGGCCCCGGAACCGCCGCUUUGCAGCAGGAGAAUGCAACCCUCAAGGAGACGGUGGUCGGCCUCGAGAGGGAACGGGACUUCUACUUCAGCAAGCUCCGUGACAUUGAGCUCUUGGUCCAGCAGGCCGUCGAUGAAGACCCUGAGCUGGAGAAGCAGGAGGACGGAUUGGUCAAGCACAUCCAGGCAAUCCUGUACUCGACCGAGGAGGGUUUUGAGAUUCCUGACGACGCAGCGGAGGACCAGGAGACCUUCUAA